AUGGGAGACAAAGGAAGUGCCGAGCCGCCUCCGUCGCCGCCACUUCAUCCGCCUCGCUCGCCAGGCCGUGGCCGCCCUAGGACUUUGAGUUUGUCGGGGACCACCCUCAGCAGACUCGCCCAGGAGAGGAAAGCUUGGAGAAAAGACCACCCAUUUGGUUUUGUAGCUGUCCCCACAAAAAACCCCGACGGCACGAUGAACCUCAUGAACUGGGAGUGUGCCAUUCCAGGGGAAAGAGGGACCCCUUGGGAAGGAGGCUUGUUUAAGCGACGCAUGCUCUUCAAAGAUGACUAUCCAUCCUCACCUCCGAAAUGCAAAUUUGAACCACCAUUAUUCCACCCGCACAUGUACCCUUCGGGCACUGUGUGCUUGCCCAUCCUCGAGGAAGACCAGGCCUGGAGGCCAGCCAUCACAAUUAAGCAGAUCUUAUUAGGAAUACAGGAACUUCUAAAUGAACCAAAUAUUCAAGAUCCAGCGCAAGCAGAGGCCUACACAAUUUACUGCCAAAACAGAGUGGAAUAUGAGAAAAGGGUUCGAGCACAAGCCAAGAAGUUUGCACCCUCAUAAGCAGCGACCUGCGGCAACAUCAAAAGGAAGGGAUUGGUUUGGCAAGAACUUGUUUACAACAUUUGCAGAUCUAGCGUUGCUCUAUACAAUGACUAGUCACCUGGGGGAGGUGGGCGGGCGCCAUUUCCCAUUCCCGCCACUGGUACACAGUUCUCCACUUGCUGAAUUGCCCAGUUUUUCAUACAGGGUCUCUUCCUUCAGUCUUUUGUAUUUUGAUUGUUAUGUAAAACUUGCUUUUAUUUUAAUAUUGAUGUCAGUAUUUCAAAUGCUGUAAAAUGAUAAACUUUUAUACUUCUAUGAGUCCCUGAGGAGCUAGUUCCCUUUGCUCGCGGGUGCAGGCAUGCUUCCCCUGUCAGAGCUACACUACCCUCCAGCUGGCUGUAUGGAAAGGAAAUCGGCCCGUCCCCUUCCCUCGCGCCUCUGUCCUUCUCUCCGCAGAACCUGGGUUGUGUUGCUAUGAGCCUCAGAUCCAAAGUCAGCCAGCCUCUUGUUUUCGCAUCACUUCCUUUGUGUUUAUAUGGCGUUUUGUCUGUGUUGCUGUUUAGAGUAAAUAAACUGUUUAUAUAUAUAAAAAAAAAUAAUAAUAA